UCUGAGCUGUUCAUAACUUACCCAUAUCGGUAAGUUUAGCAUGGCUGAAGAGAACGAGGAUAGUCGCAAUACUUUGGAAGAGGACGAUCUUGACAGGAAUGUACCCAUUGAUCGCGGGUAUGCAUGGGUUAUCUUAAUGAGCGUUGUAGCAUUAAUGAUAACUUUAAACGGAACAGUUCGGUGCUAUGGACUAUUCUUUGUGGAGAUUAUGAGUUUUUUUCGUGCUUCUUCAUCGAUUGGAUCAAUGGUUCUAAGUCUACCAUCCGCUACUUAUACCGUAUCAACAUUCUUCGUUCUGAACUGUCUCACGCAAUUCACCACCCAUCGAAUACUGAUAUUAAUUGGUUCUGUUUUUAUCGUGGCUGCUUUCAUCCUAGAAUCGGUGAGCCCAACGAUCAUUCUUCUCGGUGCUAGCCACAGCCUUCUAGGUAUUGGUCUGGGUUUUAUAUAUGGCCCAAGUAUUGUAAUAGUUGGACAUUAUUUCAAGAAAUACAGAGGUUCUGCAAACGCUUUUGCCUCAUGCGGUUCGACUGUUGGGCAGUUUUCUUUGGCACCACUCAUAAGUUACUGUAUAUCGGAGUACGGGUUACGAGGUGCACUGCUGUUGCAUGCAAGCAUUCUUUCACACUGCUUCUUUUUCGGCUCCCUUGUGAGGCCAACCGAUUUUUACCGAAGACACUUGUCUCCACGUGAAUUUCCUUCGACUUACGGUAAAGCGAACGCAUUCUCUUUGAAACGAAACGGUGAACUUUCUGAUUGUGAUUCUGCAACAAAUAAUCUGAUUUCGGGCCACUCAAAAGAUGAAGGGGCCAAAGAUAUAAACAGGAAGUCUUCUAUCGGUAACCAUACUAACAACCUGAAGAUGAUUUCGGUAACCAGAAAAAUUGGAGAUCGAAGAAACACGGACGUUUGCAUCAAAUUCAUUCCAGUGAAUACCGAUGAUAAAUCACCAGACACCUCUCUGUGUGGUAGUUCUCAUUGUAUCACCGAAACAGAAAUGCCUUCUACUCGCCGAAAAUCAAGAGCUUUCACCGAAUAUUUCCAAAAAACAUCAACUGGUGCCGAUAUAGGAUCGUUAAGUUUACACAUCCAGCACAGAAUCAAACCGAGUUAUUUCGGGGAUUCUAUGAUGGGAUUCGGUUCUGCCGUUAGUCUUCAAGACGAAUCUAUAUCUUGUACUCAUGCAAAAGUCCUGAUGAACAUACGUAAGAGCUCAAUUUUACCAGAUGACGUUGGUCACACCGGUUUUACCAAAGAGCCAUCCAAGUUUGAAACAAUGUCAAAAUCUUUCAAACAGAUUUGUAAGAGCGUUGAUGUGUCACUAUUGAACCAAAAAAUAUUUGUCCUUUUCCUUUUGGGCUACACUUUUGGUUGUUGUGGUAGCGGCGUCAUGCAUAAUUUUUUUCCAGCACGUGCCGAGGAGCUAGGACUGUCUCGUGAUCAGGGGACAAUGAUUCUGGCGUAUUCGGGAUGUGCUGAUAUUUUUGCCCGAAUAGCCACAAGCCUCACAGCCGAUCAUCCCAGAAUGCACCGGACCCGAUUUGUAACUUGUGUUUUAUUUAUGAAUGCGAUUUCGUGCUUUAAUAUCAUGCUGUUUACAACCUAUUUGUCUUUUGCUCUGUUCACCGUGGCUUACGGUAUGUGCUGUGGCGUCUUCUUUGCUCUUAAUACAACUAUACUCACAGACUUCAUCGGGGUUACGAAACUGCCUCAGGGGCUCAGUAUGAGCUAUUUAGUAUUCGGAUUGUGUGCUACUGCUGUAUAUCCUCUAAUAGGGCGCCUACGAGAUGCAACAGGAACAUACGAUUACGCUUUUAUUGUGAAUGGCGUUUUAUUAUUUACCAGUGCGACAUUAUUUUCUGUUGAGAGUUGCGUCAAGAAAUGGGAUAAAAAAUCGCACAAAAACGACAUCAGCAAUACGUGAGAAAAACCAUACCAAGAGAAAUCAUAAAAAUACAAAAAUCCAAAAACGCUUCUUUUAUUCAUUAUGCAUCGUUUCUAAAUAUUCUUUAUUUUUGCUGGCAAUACAACUCCAUUUUUUUUGUUUCAUAGUCAUUCUGUCAUUCCUUAAUUCUUACACUGGUUUCAGUUACAGGACUGUCUGUAAUACGGAAGUAUUGCUAUCAAGAAUUUGGUUGCCUCACAUCGAUUUCACUUCCUAUUUCAAAUUGGUAUUUAUUGUAUCGCAUACUAUUUAUUGGACUGCUAAGUUACGGUUUUGACAUCAAGGGGCGGAACUUGACGUCAAUUUGUACCAGUAAACAUAAAACAGAUGUGGACACAAAUAAGUACAUACACACAUUCAUAGAUACACACACACAUAUAUAAUUACAAAACUAGAGGAGUAGGGAACAUCGCAUUGGUGGAUGAGUAAUUUCUUUCAAUAGAAGAGCGCUGUUAAUACAAUGCCAAUGGUUUCAUACGAAUACGUUCACAAUUACUCAAGCGUUGUCUGAAUGCUAGAGGCAACUCACGAGAAUCCUAAACAAUAUUUCGUGCGGUCACAUAUGAUACAAACAGAUUCUCUUUUGCCGCCCGUAGGCAAUUUUAUUUUCUGUCUUCCAAGGGUAAAUACUCAAUCUUUCUCGGCUGUUUUCAUAGCUAUAUUGCCUUCGAAAUCUACUCUCUUGUCUGUAAAUGACCAACAGAUUCGGCGCUUCUAAAGUUUGUUUUAUAAUAUAAUAUAUCAGAAUGUAUAAGAUUGAAAUCCCCAGUGUCAGUCUUAUAAAUUCCAAAUAGCAUUCACUGGUCAAACGCGAAAAUAGUUGCGAUUGGAACAUCAUAGCCACAUAGUUUUUUUUUUUCCUUCGUUUAUCGAAUUCCUUUAUAACAAUCCAUUUACUUCGAAGACAGGAUCGAAACCAGAACAGUGAAAUAUUAGCUUUACACAAGUGGUUCUCAACUUUUUUCUACCUAUGAACCCUCUUGAUUCCGGUCUUACUCGGGUGGACCCCUUUAGCCAUGCGAUGAUUAAAAAAUUAUAUAUUUUUAUAAUACUAUAGGGAAUUGAAUUAAAAAAUUGUUAAAAUAUUUUGUGUAUUAUAGAAAAGAUUUAUUGCACAUAAAAUUUUAACUGCAAAAUUUUACAUAUACCUCCAAGAAUCAUAUGGAUCCUGGUUGAGAACCAUUGGCUUUUCAGUCACCAGUUUGCAACCACGUUUUGUCAGCUCAAUAAAAUGCCUAGAUGUAUACCUCAACUGAAGUAGUUUCGAGUUACAUCUUUUUCGACUUAACAUUGUUUUGUAGUUUUUAAGAAAUAAAGCUCAACUUCAGUUGAUUUAUCCGACUUCACGCCGGUGACAAAGAACAUAUUUAAAAGCAUGAGAAAAAAAGAAAAAAAAGAACACCUUGAAACCAGUACUGAAGUGGAAAAUAAAAUAGUAUACAUGUGAAAAUAUGUACAUACAAACCAUUAAAA